AUGUCAUGUUCCUUACUAUUACUAUUACUACAAAAGAGACUCAAAAAUACGCAAAUGCCUUUCGAAAUAUGGUGUUCUCUCAUAGCUUUUUGCUUUAACGAGACUUCAGAUUGGAGGAAGCUUUGCUAUAAGAAGUUUUAUUGGUUUCGAUGGUCCAAUUUUGACAUCUCCACUGCUGCAAAAGAUGUUAAUGUCUCGAACGUGACGAACAUUUAUAUUAAAAACUGCGGUAUAAAAUAUGGCUGGAAAACAUUUCGACUUGGAUUCAAAAUCAAGGCAACAGGAUAUCGAUGCGCAUCAAAAACCGCUCAGAGUACGUACGCAGAAAUAAAACAUUGUUAG